CAGUGGGCGGAGACUGCCAGAGUAGCACCCACGUGCUAAGAGAGAUUGGGAAAGGUGAGCCCGCUCGGCGCCGGUGGUCCUCAGAAGGCGGAUACUCGAAGGGACUUCUUUUUCCUAGCCGUAAAUUGGGGCGCAGUCCUCCUCCUUGGGUUUCUCUUUACUAGGAGGUUGGAGCUAUCCUUGGAUCUGGCUGACGAAGUUUUUGAGUCUUCUGCUGCUGAGAUUUCUUGCAUCUAACCAUGCGUCUUUCGGCCCUGCUGGCCUUGGCAUCUAAAGCCACUCCCAGUUUCCACCACCGCUAUGGGAUGAGCCGUCCAGGCUCCCUAUCAGACAAGAGGAAUCCCCAAUGGAGCAGCCAGUGCCCAGGGGUGGUAGAGCCCAUCUCUGAUGAAGACUGGCACCUAUUCUGUGGAGACAGGGUGGAGAUCCUAGAAGGCAAGGAUGCUGGGAAGCAGGGCAAAGUGGUUCAGGUCAUUCGACAGCAGAACUGUGUUGUCCUGGAGGGGCUGAACACGCAUUUCCGCUAUAUUGGCAGAACCAAGAGUCACCGAGGGACCAUGAUCCCUAGUGAAGCUCCCUUGCUUCAUACCCAGGUCAAGCUAGUGGACCCUGUGGACAGGAAACCCACUGAGAUCCAGUGGAGAUUUACUGAGGAAGGAGAGCGGGUUCGAGUCUCUACAAGAUCUGGGAGAAUUAUCCCCAAACCUGAAUUUCCUAGAGCAGAUGGCAUUGUCCCAGAAACAUGGACUGAUGGCCCCAAGGACACAUCAGUGGAAGAUGCUCUAGAAAGAACUUACGUGCCCCGACUAAGGACACUAGAAGAAGAUGUGAUGGAGGCAAUGGGGAUCCAGGAGACUCGAAGACACAAGAAGGUUUAUUGGUACUGAGCCUGCCUACCCAGUCUUCACCUUGAGGGUGGGGAGUCCUCUUCCUCCAGCACCAAUAAAGAGCCAAGUGCAGCUGGUGUCCUGCCCCUCUUCCUUCCCCAAGUGCUCACAUUUUGGGGAGCCCAGGCAUGGUGCAGCUUUUCUUCUUGUCAGGACAGACUGGGUAGAUGGUAGUCUUCCCAGGACAGGUCCUGCAAUGUUUGGGGAUAGAAACAAGGAGGAUACCCCCAGUCCUUUUCCCUAUUUACAGAACCAGGAGUUAAAUUUUAAAAGUUUGUUUGUUUGGUUGGUUGGUUUGGUUUUUUUGA